GGAGCCAGAGCUGGACGAGUUAAGGGAGGGGGAGAGCGGCGGAUGCGAAGGGCGCCUUCUCCGGAGAAGAACGAGAAGGAGAAGAAGCAGCAGCGCCGUCUUAAAGGGGCCGCCCUGAAACAAAGAGAGAGGAAAACAAUCCGUCCCAUUCCUUGAAUCUUGCUAAACGAAAGCAAUCAUGAGCCAAACCCAGCGUUGGAGUGGGAGCUGCGUGACCAGCUGCAGCCGGGCGGACAUGGUGCCCGAGAUCGCCGCUGCCGUGGGCUUCGUGUCCAGCCUGCUCCGGACCCGAGGCUGCGUGAGCGAGCAGCAGCUCCAGGUGUUCAGCGGGGCUCUGGAAGAGGCGCUCACAGAACAUUACAAACAUCACUGGUUCCCUGAAAAACCCUUCAAAGGCUCUGGCUACCGCUGCAUUCGUAUCAACCACAAAAUGGAUCCCAUCAUCAGCAAGGCAGCCUGCCAGAUUGGACUCAGCCUCCAGCAGCUCUAUCAACUCCUGCCCAGUGAACUCACCCUGUGGGUGGACCCUUAUGAGGUAUCCUACCGCAUUGGUGAGGACGGAUCCAUCUGUGUUCUCUAUGAAGCGUCUUCGGCACCCGUGAGCUCCUAUGGGAUGCUCACCUGCAAAAACCAGAUGAUGCUGGGGCGCACCAGCCCUCCCAAAAGCUACAUGAUGACCGUUUCCAGCUAAGCACUCCCGGUUGUCCUUACACUGCCAAGACCUGGGCUACUGUAUACCUCACCCGAGGAUGUAUUUUUUAAAAAAUGAAGAGCUAUUUAUAUUUUUUUAAAAAAGAGAAAAAAUCCAAAAUGAAAUCCAAUAGCAGGCACCACUUUUUCUGUGGAGUGGUGUUGAGGUGCCUUUUUAAAAAAGCUGUUGCAAGCUUCUAAGUUUAUUAAAAAGAAAGAAUGCCAAUAUCUACCUAAUUAGUGUUGGAUGACAAUUCUGGAAGGUUGAUCUGCCUAUUUGGGAAAUGCAGGGUUGGAAAUAAGUUGGGGACGGGGCAGGGUACAGCACUUUUUCAGGAAUGACUCACUAUGGGGGUAAACGUGUCAACAACUGAACUUGCAGGCCACAAUGCCAGGAUGAUAGUACUUCACUGAUCAAUCACACAUAUUGAUUGGGGUGCAAUGACCUCAUUCUAGCUGUGGUGCUUUUGUCUUCUCAAAA